AUGACACUCUCCCAUAUGCCUAAAAUCGCCUUUGCUUCUCCGGAGGAAGUAAAUGCUCUUCUUAAAUGGAAAGAAAGUCUUCAAAUCCCAAAUAACUCCACCAUCUCUUCAUGGCUUCGCCUUCCUAUGAAAUCCAGUGCAUUGUUUCCAUGCACUUCUUGGUUUGGAAUAGUUUGUAAUGCUGACGGGAGCAUUCAGACGUUGAACCUCAGUUCAUCUGGAUUAAAAGGUACACUCCACCAAUUUUCAUUUUCUUUGCUACACAAUCUUACACAUUUUGAUCUCUAUGAGAACAACUUCUUUGGGCCCAUACCACCAGAAAUCCGACUCCUCUCCAAACUUGUAUUUCUUGAUUUUUCAGUGAAUCAGUUUUCUGGCUCAAUUCCUUCAUCAUUGGGACAUUUGACAUCUUUGAAUUUCCUUUAUUUAUCCCGAAAUCAACUCUCUGGUCCCAUUCCUACUGAAAUUGGGAAUUUAAAGUCUCUCACUGAUUUUGCUAUGAGCUACAAUCAACUUAAUAAUUCUAUUCCUUCAUCACUAGCAAACUUGAGCAACUUACAAGGACUGUACCUAGCUGUGAAUAAUUUGUCUGGCCCGGUUCCUAUUGAACUUGGGAAUUUGAAGUCUCUCAUUAAUCUUGAGUUGAGCAGCAAUAAGCUUAGUGGUUCUAUUCCUUCAUCAUUGGGUGAUCUGACAUCUUUGAAUGUCCUUUAUUUGCACCAAAAUCAACUCUCUGGUCCCAUUCCUAUUGAACAUGGAAAUUUGAAGUCUCUCAUUGGUCUUGGGGUGAACCACAAUCAACUUAGUGGUUCUAUUCCGUUAUCACUAGGAAACCUCAGCAACCUACAGACUCUGUACCUCCAUGAGAAUAAAUUAUCCGGUACCAUUCCUAUUGAAAUUGGGAAUUUGGAGUCUCUUUCUGAACUUGCAGCGAGUAACAAUCAACUUAAUGGUUCUAUUCCUUCAUCACUAGGAAACCUGGGAAAGUUAGAAUGGUUGAUCCUCAAUGAUAAUAAAUUUUCUGGUCCCAUUCCUAGAGAACUUGGAAAUUUGAAGUCUCUCACUCAUUUUAAGUUGAACGGCAAUCAGCUUAGUGGUUCUAUUCCUUCAUCAUUCGGUGAUUUGAUAUCUUUAGAUGGCCUUUAUAUGCAAUACAAUCAUCUUACUGGUCCCAUUCCUUUUCAACUUGUGAAUUUGAAAUCUCUCACUGAUCUCAAGUUGAGCAACAAUCAACUUAGUGGUUCCAUUCCUCCAGAGUUUGGAAAUUCAACACAGCUACAAAGGCUUGAUCUGUCUUCGAAUCAAUUGGUUGGUGAGAUCCCAAAGGAGUUUGGUAUUAUACCUCUAGAGUUUGAAUUCUGUCAACUCCUUGAAGUACUCGAUCUCUCUAGAAAUAGAUUGAAUGGGCCGAUACCAAAAAGUAUUGGUCAUUGGGCAUACAUCCACUACUUGAAUCUUAGUAAUAACCAACUUAGUGAGAAAAUUCCAUCUGAGAUUGAUAAAUUAGUUCAACUUACAGAACUUGAUUUAUCUCAGAAUUUGCUCACAGAAGAGAUACCAUCUGAAAUUCAAAGUUUGCAAAGUUUACAAAAAUUGAACGCGUCCUUACAAGGAAAUCCAGGUGUACGUCACUACUAG